GGCGGCGGCGGCGGCGACACCCGGGCCCCGAGACUCCCGGCAGCUUCCAUCCGAGUCCUCCGGGGCUCCCGGUUCGCGUCGAGCGUGCAUCCCCCGCGCCCCGGCGGGUAGGGGCCCCCGCCGCCCGCUCGCGUCCGCCCCGCCUCCGUCGCCCGAGACCCGCGCCCGGGCCAGACCCGGCCUGCGACUGGCCCCCGGGGCCCUGCGUGGACUCGCCCGCGGCGACAGCGAUCUGCCGAGAACUCGGAAGCUGGGUCCUUCCGAGCGCCGGCCUGUGCUCGCCACCGUCGCCUGCUGGUGGGACUCCGGAAACCCUCUGUGUGAAGACCACAGAGAGGAGCCGCUGACCCUCCGCCCGGAAUCGAGAGCGCCAGGACCGAAAUCUCCCCGCCUCUCUGGCUUCUGCGCUUUUCAGCUGUUCUCUCGAGCUUUCGGCCGCGUCUGUCCCUGGAAACCACCCCCCGCUACCGACGUAGCCUGGGCGAGCCCCGCAUCUCACCGCCGUGCGCUCCCACCUGUGAAUCCGGAGACAGUCUCAACUUUAUGACCCAAUUCUGCCCACACCCAGGCAGUUCUGCCUUUUCUUCUCUUGCGGUAUCUCCCGUAGUCCCCAAAAUUUCGCCGCCUCCUGUGCCCUCUUCGGCCCCCUCUUUUGGGGGCCCCGUGACCCUGAAUGUUGGGGGCACACUAUACUCCACCACUUUGGAGACCCUGACUCGCUUCCCGGACUCCAUGCUGGGGGCCAUGUUCAGGGCCGGCACCCCCAUACCCCCCAACCUCAGCCCCCAGGGAGGUGGCCACUACUUCAUCGACAGAGAUGGCAAGGCCUUCCGGCACAUCCUCAAUUUCCUGCGGCUGGGCCGCCUCGACCUGCCCCGUGGGUAUGGGGAGACGGCACUUCUCAGGGCAGAGGCCGACUUCUACCAGAUCCAGCCCCUCCUGGAUGCCCUGCGGGACCUGGAGGCCUCUCGGGGGACCCCGGUACCCACUGCUGCCCUGCUCCACGCAGACGUGGAUGCCAGCCCCCGCCUGGUGCACUUCUCUGCUCGCCGGGGCCCACACCACUAUGAGCUGAGCUCUGUGCAGGUGGAUACCUUCCGAGCCAACAUCUUCUGCACCGACCCCGAGUGCCUGGGUGCCAUGCGGGCCCGCUUUGGUGUGGCCAGUGAGGAUAGGGCUGAGGGCGGCCCACACUUCCGUCUGGAGUGGGCCCCCUGUCCCGCAGAACUCCCGGAGGUGGAGUAUAGGAGACUGGGGCUGCAGCCGCUGUGGACUGGGGGGCCGGGAGAGCUGCGGGAGGUGGUGGGCACACCAGGUUUCCUAGAGGAGGUGCUGCGGGUCGCUCUGGAGCACAGCUUCCGUCUAGACUCCGUCUUCCCUGACCCCGAAGACCUGCUCAACUCGCGAUCUCUGCGCUUCGUGCGGCACUGAGUGUGUGGCGCUCCCAUCUGAGUGGGGUGCGGAGAAAGAACGGACAGCAAAAGGGACGAAGGGCGCCCUGAAGCUUCUUCUUAGCUCUGCCUCUGGAGCUGUGAGAGUCAGGGCUCCCACUGCACCUGACUGGAGCCCAGGUGUGGGCAGGAAUUCCCAAAUCUCAGCCCGCUGAGGGCUCACAAAGCCAUGCAGAGGGUCUGGACUGGUGCUAAUCCUGGGAGGGGUGGGGAAGGUUCCCAGGCUUGUUCUUGCCUGAGGCUGGCGGCCUCCAGUGUCUCCUUGUUUGAGCUCAGUAUUCAAGGUUCUAGAGAAGUAGCGACCCCUCCAUGCUCAGGCUAGGCCUAGCAGGACCCUGGAGGAACACUGAAGUGUGGGUGAAGGACUCUGGAUUGCUGUGACGUGGUCUCCUGGACCGUGGCUUCUCCUGCAGCUGGAUGGCCUGGCCUGACCA